ACUCCUUCUUUGAACGUGAGCUUCCAGGGCUGGUUCCUGGGGUAUGUGUGAAGAAUCUGGUAAAGAUCUUUGAGCCUGGUACCCGACCAGCAGUGGACCGUCUAAACAUUACCUUCUAUGAGAACCAGAUCACCGCCUUCCUGGGUCACAAUGGAGCAGGGAAAACCACCACCUUGUCCAUCUUGACAGGUCUAUUGCCGGUGACAUCAGAAACUGUGCUCAUUGGGGGAAAGGACAUUGAAACCAGCCUGGAUGCAGUCCGUCAGAGCCUCGGCAUGUGUCCACAGCACAACAUCCUGUUCCAACACCUCACAGUGGCUGAGCACAUCCUCUUCUAUGCCCAGCUGAAAGGCAAGUCCUGGGAGGAGGCCCAGCUGGGGAUGGAAGCCAUGUUAGAGGAUACAGGCCUCCACCACAAGAGGAAUGAAGAAGCACAGGAUCUUUCAGGUGGCAUGCAGAGGAAGCUGUCCGUUGCACUUGCUUUUGUGGGAGAUGCCAAGGUGGUCAUCCUGGAUGAGCCCACCUCUGGGGUGGACCCCUACUCCAGACGCUCCAUCUGGGACCUGCUCCUGAAGUAUCGCUCGGGCAGAACCAUCAUCAUGUCCACUCACCACAUGGACGAGGCAGACCUCCUUGGCGACCGUAUUGCCAUCAUCUCCCAGGGAAGACUCUACUGCUCGGGCACGCCACUCUUCCUGAAGAACUGCUUUGGCAAGGGCUUCUACUUGACCUUGGUUCGCAAGAUGAAAAACAUCCAGAGUCAAAGAAGUGGCUGUGAG